AUGGUGCGCAGGGCUGAGCCCCCAGAUGGGGGCUGGGGUUGGAUGGUGGUGCUCUCAGCGUUCUUCCAGUCGGCUCUGGUGUUCGGGGUACUCCGCUCCUUUGGCGUCUUCUUCGUGGAGUUUGUGGCGGCGUUUGAGGAGCAGGCGGCGCGCGUCUCCUGGAUCGCCUCUAUAGGAAUUGCCGUGCAGCAGUUUGGAAGCCCAGUAGGCAGUGCCCUGAGCGCGAAGUUCGGACCCAGGCCGGUGGUGAUGACCGGGGGCAUUUUGGCUGCCCUGGGGAUGCUGCUAGCUUCCUUUGCUACCUCCUUGACUCACCUGUAUCUGAGUAUUGGGCUGCUGUCAGGCUCUGGCUGGGCCUUGACCUUCGCUCCAACCCUGGCGUGCCUGUCCCGUUACUUCUCUCGCCGUCGAUCUCUGGCCACAGGACUAGCACUGACAGGCGUGGGCCUCUCCUCCUUUGCCUUUGCCCCCCUCUUUCAGUGGCUGCUCAGCCACUAUGCCUGGCGGGGGGCCCUCCUGCUGGUAUCUGCCCUCUCCCUCCACCUGCUGGCCUGUGGUGCUCUCCUCCGCCCCCUCUCCCUGGCUGAGGACCCUGUUGUGGGAGGCCCCAGGGCCCAACUCAUCUCCCUCCUCCAGCACGGCCCCUUCCUCCGCUAUACUGUUGCCCUCACUCUGAUCAACACUGGCUACUUCAUUCCCUACGUCCACCUGGUGGCCCAUCUCCAGGACCUGAAUUGGGACCCACUGCCUGCUGCCUUCCUGCUCUCAGUGGCUGCUAUUUCUGAUCUGGUGGGGCGUGUGGCCUCCGGGUGGCUGGGGGAUGCAAUCCCAGGGCCUGUGUCACGACCCCUGAUGUUCUGGACCACUCUGACUGGGGUAUCACUGGCCCUGUUCCCCACGGCUCAGGCGCCCACAGCCCUGGUGGUUCUGGCUGUGGGCUACGGCUUCACAUCAGGAGCCCUGACUCCAGUGGCUUUCUCCAUACUGCCCGAACUGGUGGGAACUGGAAGGAUAUACUGUGGCCUAGGACUGGUGCAGAUGGUAGAGAGCAUCGGGGGGCUUCUGGGGGCUCCUCUGUCAGGCUACCUCCGGGAUGUGACGGGCAACUACACAGCUUCUUUUGUGGUGGCUGGGGCCUUCCUCCUUGCAGGGAGUGGAGUUCUCAUGACCCUGCCCAACUUCUUCUCCUGCCUCUCAUCAUCUACCUCCACGCCCCAGGACCCCGUAACAGAGGCUCUAGAUACCAAAGUCCCCCUGCCCAGGGAGAGUCUGGAAGAAAACUGA